AUGGCUUAUAAUAACGAUUUUUAGGAUCUCUUACCAGAUGAACAGGAGGAAUUCACUCUCAAAAUGCCUGUCAAAAAUCAUUUGUGCAGAUUGGAUCUAUUAUUGCAAUAACAAAUGGAUGAUUUGGACAUGAUAAAGAAGGAAAAAGAGCAAUUGCGUAAUAAUUUAAUUGAGUUGUCUCAAAAGACCACUGAUUCAUUUGAUGACGCAAAUUAAUAUUUGAAUGAUGAAUAUCGAAGAUUGAUGCAAGAGUUUCAUGAACAAAAUGCAUUGCAAUUGGAACAACAUCAAUUUCUUAAACAAUAAGUAGAUUAGAUCAAUUAAGACAGAAUUAAAUUACAAUAAAAUACUAUCGUACUUGAGAAUAGAGUUUAAGACUCAGAAAAAGAAUUAGGAUUUGUUUGA